AUGUUGAUACCUGCAAGAAAUCAGAUACUCAUAUGUUGUGAUGGGUCAUCUAGGGGAAAUCCAGGUGCAGCAGGAUAUGGUUUUGUUUGCAGAGAUGAAAUGGGAGGUUUUAUAUAUGCUGAAGCUACUGGCCUGGGAAUUGCAACUAAUUACAUUGCAGAAUUAAUGGCUAUUGCAGGCGCAUCUGAAUGGGCUAUACAGAACAACAAGCUUGAUAUAUGUAUUAACUCUGAUUCUAAAUCAGCAGUGAGUGCAUACAUGUCAGGAAGAAUUCCUUGGUUCAUGCAGGUAAGAUGGAAUAGAAUAAAGGAACUAUUGAAUAAUAUCCAACUUGUACAUAGCUUGAGAGAAGUAAAUUUCUCUGCUGACUCCAUGGCAAAGAAGGGUGCAAGAUUGUUGGGCUUUAGGAGUUGA